AUGCUGUCCGUGCUCCUAAACCUCAUGUGCACUGGCUUCUUCCUCGUCCUGAGGAUGUUGGCACAAGCAGGAAGCCAUGACAAGCCUUCCCUGUCUGCCCAUCCAAGCCCUGUUGUUGUACUGGGGCAGCGUGUGGAACUACAAUGUGACUCUCAUAGUGAGUCUGACUUCUUCAAGCUGUACAAAGAACUCGGAGAUCCUAUUCCUGAGGUCCAUGAAAGACCAUUCGGGGACAAAACUCUCUUGGGCCCUGUUACACGAGCACAUGGAGGAACCUACAGAUGCUAUAAUUACAAUCAUCAGUACAGUAAUGAACUCUCAUCACACAGUGACCCUCUGAAAAUCAUAAUCUCAGGAAUCUACAAGAAACCUUUCCUCUUGGUCCCAUAUAGUAACUUGGUAAAAUCAGGAGAGAAGGUAACCCUGGAGUGCCAUUCAGAGAUUAUGUUUGACAUCUUCAUUUUGACUUCACACAGAAAGAGAAUAAUCAAGGAAUCUUGCCAGCAUUCAGCAGAAUCCCAUCUUGGGGGGUCCCGUGCCAAAUUCUCAAUGUGACCUGUCACCUGUGACCAUGCUGGGUCUUACACAUGUUAAGGUUCUUACAAUCAGACACCAUAUGAAUGGUCUGAAUCCAGUGACCCUGUUGAUAUAAAGAUCACAGGUUUAUACAAGAAACCUUCUCUGUCAGCCUUUAUGGGCCCUGUGCUGAUGUCAGGAGAGAACGUGACCUUGGUGUGCAGCUCUGACCAUCCGUUUGACAUGUUCCAUUUGUCCGGGGAUGGGGUGCCUCGGGGACAUGGACUGCCUGCAGUGCAGAGUCACAAUGGGACAUUCCAGGCCACCUUCCCCCUAUGUCCUGUGACACAGGCAGGGAACUAUAGAUGCUAUGGCUCUUUCAGGAACUCUUCCCAUGCGUGGUCAUCCCCAAGUGACCCUUUGUGCCUUUCUGUCACAGAUAACCACAGGAACCUGCAUAUUCUGAUUGGGCUUUCAGUAACCAUGGUCCUUGUGCUCCUCAUCGUCCUCCUUUACUCUUGUUGCUAUGCCAAAAAGAAGAGGCCCAUUGCUUCUCUCCUCUGCUCCAAUUCAGAAGAAGAAGGUCUUCAUCCAAAGUUGGUUCAAGUGAUUUAUUGGGAGGGAGAAAUCCAGGAGAUUUCUGGAAAUCUGCCUGGGUGGAAAAAGGAAGCUCCCAACUGA